GAAUUGAACCACUGAUCGAGGGCUCCCCGAUGUCUUUCAAGUAUUCUACCGAAACAACUAAUGGCCGCCUUCAUUGACCAAACUUAGAAUUGUUGUGGAUAACAAAUCACACGAAGAUUCAAAUCAGUUUCACAUUCAACAAAAACUAGAACAAUUAGUUGGUGUUCUUCCACAAUUAAGGCCCCCACCAGUGACUAAAUCAAUUUGAUUAAUCACAAUUAUACUAAUCUGAAUCUCACACAUCAACCCACUGGAAUCGUUAACUCAUCUCUCUCUUAUUCUGACUGGCUUCUAUUCUGAUUUCUACCAUUUGUUGCUGAAACAUUCCUUCCAUCUCUGAUAUCAGAAAACCUUUCGAUCCUAGUUCCAAUUCCAAGCAAGAAACAAUGGCUGACGCUGCUAUCAGUGCUACUGUUAAGGUCGUCUUGGGGACACUUAUUUCCAUUGCUGCGGACCGCAUUGGUAUGGUUCGGGAGGUCAAAGCAGAGUUGGAGAGACUAAGCAACACUGCUGCAAUCAUCCAAGGUUUCUUGGCUGAUGCUGACGGGAAAAUGCAUACCCAAGGGGUGCGAGAGUGGCUCAAGCAGCUAGAAGAUGAGGUUUUUAAAGCUGAUACCGUGCUAGACGAGCUCAACUACGACAAUCUUCGUCGGGAGGUGAAGUACCGAAAUCAACCAAUGAAGAAGAAGGUAUGCUUCUUCUUCUCCUUCUUUAAUGCAAUUGGCUUUAGUUCCAGCUUGGCUUCAAAGAUCCGGGACAUCAACACCAACCUAGAAAGGAUCAACCAGCGAGCCAAUGAGUUGAGAUUGGCCAAAAAGCAGCAAAAAGAAGCUGCACUCCCUGCUGAUGCCGCUGGUGCCAGACAGACCGACUCUAUUGUCGUUCCGAACGUUGUGGGAAGAUCCGGCGACGAGUCAAAGAUUGUGGACAUGUUAUCGAGCCCAUCUGAAAAGGUUCUUUCUGUUAUUCCCAUAACAGGCCCGGGAGGUUUGGGAAAGACAACUCUGGCGAAAUCAGUCUACAAUAAUCCAAAAAUAGAUGGGCACUUUGGCCAAAAAAUUUGGGUUUGUGUGGCUAAAGAACAAAUUAAGAUAAUGGAGCUGUUCAAGCUCAUUUUAGUACAAUUGACAGGAGAAGAAGUUAAAGUGGAUGACAGGAAUGUUAUCGUUAAAAACAUUGGAGAAAAGCUCAAGGGACAAAAAUAUUUCCUUGUUCUUGAUGAUGUGUGGGAUCAUGAACAAGGAUUGUGGAAUGAUUAUUUCAACACUUUGAUGGGACUCAACGAAACCAAAGGAAGCUGGUGUCUUCUCACUACUCGUCUAGAAUAUGUGGCUAAUGCUGUGCCUAGAGAUUUGCAAAUGAAUGAUCGUCCUUAUUUCUUAGGAAAGCUAUCAGGUGAUGAGUGCUGGUUCAUCAUAAAAGGAAAGGUGAUGAGUGCAGGGGAAGAAGUACCAGAAGAAUUGGAAGCACUAAAGGAGCAAAUUUUAAGGAGAUGCGAUGGCCUACCCUUGGCGGCAAGUUUGAUUGGUGGCUUGUUGCGUACCAACAGAAGAGAGAAGUGGCACUCCAUUGUGCAGGAGAGUCUUUUGAAUAAAUAUCAAAGCCAAAUUAAUCAAAUACUUAAGGUGAGCUUUGAUCAUUUAUCAUCUCCAUCAGUUAAGAAAUGUUUUGCAUAUUGCUCGAUUUUUCCCCAGGACACUGAAUUAGGAGAAGAUGAACUAAUUGAGCAUUGGGUUGCUGAAGGUUUUGUUCUACCAGAUCGGGAAAACACAGGAAUGAUGGAGGAAAGAGGAGGCGAGUAUCUAAGGAUUUUGUUACAAAGUUCCUUGCUGGAAAAAGUCGAAGAUGAGGGGAGCACAUACUAUAAAAUGCACGAUCUGGUGCAUGAUUUUGCAAAAUCAAUUCUCAAUCCAGAAAGCAGCAAUCAGGAUCGCUACCUUGCAUUGGACUCUUCUAAAGGUUUGGAAGAAAAUACCAUAAGGAAAAUACCAGCAUCAAUUCGCACAUUAUUUCUCCAUCUAGAGGGUGGCGUAUCUACUGACAUGAACAUGCUUUUAAGAUUCAAGUGCUUGAAUGUUCUCAAAUUGUCUGGAUAUGAUGUCAAUUUUCUACCGAGCUCCAUUGGCAAACUACUACAUUUGCGGCUGCUCGACAUUUCAUCUUCUAGAAUCAGAAGUUUGCCGGAAUCUCUUUGCAAGCUAUAUAAUUUGCAGACACUAACGAUUGAUGAUGAUGAACUUAAAGGAGGUUUUCCAAAACGGAUGAGCGAUUUGAUUAGCUUGCGACAUCUAAACUACUAUGAUUAUAAUGCAAAAUUGAAAAUGCCGAUGCAGAUGGGACGAUUGACUUGUCUUCAAACUCUAAAGUUCUUUAAUGUAAGUCAAGAGAAGGGUUGUGGCAUCGAAGAGCUUGGGACCUUGAAAUAUCUGAAAGGAUCGUUGACUAUAAGAAAUCUUGGACUAGUGAAGGGCAAAGAAGCAGCUAAACAAGCAAAAUUGUUCGAAAAGCCAGAUCUGUCUUACUUGGAGUUUAAAUGGGAGAGUGGGGAUCGGGAAAGCGAUAACCGUGAGGAGGAUGUGUUGGAAGGUCUCCAACCUCACCCAAAUUUGGAAAAGUUGAAAAUUCAAUAUUUUAUGGGUAAUAAAUUUCCACAAUGGCUUAUCAAUUUGUCAAAAUUGGAGGCAUUGCGGAUAGAAGACUGCAAGAGAUGCAGUGAACUCCCCUCAUUAGGACAACUACCAUCCCUCAAACGUCUCUCUUUGAUAAGAUUGGGCAACAUUCGAUUUAUUGGAGAUGAAUUCUACGGUAUUACUGCUAAUGAGGAGGAGGAGGAGGAGGGCAGAUCACGAGCAUCAGGGAGCGGCGCUAGAAGACGAAAAUUCUUUCCUGCCCUUGAAGAACUCUAUGUAGAAAAUAUGGGGAAUUUGGUAGAGUGGAAAGGUGCAGACCAAGUGAGGUCAACAGUAGGUGAAGCAGAAGCAGAUGUCUUUCCCAUGCUGAGGAAUUUUCGCAUUCAACGUUGCCCCCAGCUGACCGCUCUUCCAUGCUCGUGUAAAAGGCUAUACGUGGAGAAUUGCGAUAAUCUAACUAGUAUCAAAACGGGUUACGGCACUGCUUCUGUUGAGGAGUUGUGGAUCGACUCUAGCGACAAUCUUAGGGAGCUGCCAGAUCUGUUUGGAUCCAGUUUGCAGCGAUUGACGAUCAAAAGGUGCCCAAGAUUAAUUAGUCUGGGAGUAAAUGGACAGAAAUGCCGGUCUCUGCGGUCCCUGUGGGUGAUGUGGUGCCCCAAUCUGGUAUCAUUUUCGCUUAAUUUGCACGAGACGCCUUCUCUCGAGAAAUUCAGCUUAUUCGAUUGUCCCAAAUUGAUCCCUCAUAGGUUCAAUGGAUUUGCUUUUGCCACCAGCUUAAGAGAAUUGAGCAUCAACAGUCCCUUCUCCUCAGAUGACUCCUCAGUCGAUGGUUUUGAUUGGUCUGGUUUAAGAUCUGUAUCAACACUCCGUGAGCUUCGCUUACAAGGGCUGUCUCACACGGAGUCCCUGCCACACCAGCUUCAAUACUUGACUAUCCUCACUUCACUAAGUCUUCACAACUUUGGAGGAAUACGAGUGCUACCGGAUUGGAUUGGAAACCUUGUGUCCCUUGAAACCCUAAAGCUAUGGUUUUGCCAAAAGCUUCAGUCUUUACCACCCGAGGCCGCCAUGAGACGACUCACCAAGUUAACUUGUGUUGAAGUUUAUUAUUGUCUUCUAUUAAGACAACGAUACACUCCCCAAAGAGGCAUCUACUUGGAGGAGGAGAUUUCAAGUUAUUUUCAGUGACUGAACAAGAAGGCAAUAAUGGUGCUCAAACAUUAGUUUCAUGUUGAUUCCCAUCGUUGCUGAAGAAGGAGAAACCAGAAGUCUUAGAAAGCAGACCUCAUGUUGUUCGACAAAGACACCACCCUUUGCUGUUGCAUUUCUUACAAGAUUGCCAGGGGGCAGAAGUUAUUUUCACUGACUAGACAGGUUUGAAGAUGAAGUUAGUAAUCAAUGAUGAGAAUCUUGCACAUCAGAGAGCGCUAGCUUUGAUGGAGGCUUCACCAAUAGGUGGUUCUCCCCAGGUUCCCCAAACAUAUGCUUUUAGUCAUCUCCUGCUGGGACUGCAAAAAGAAAGGAAAUACUUUAGCUUGUUCAUCUUCAGGGCAGUUUUGAUAGUUUUUUAUCUGCAUUCUUGAUAUGUUUUUAGUAAAUCAAUUACCAAAACUUUUUUUCCCUUUGGUGUAGCAUGCUGAUUGCUGAACAAAUUGGAAGAGACCAAAAUUCUGUGUUUUCUCUGCCUCUCUGAACUACUGAAAGAUUUGAACAUCUUAAAUCUCUUUAACUUCAACUUGUUACAUUCUAUUUGGCCAAGGACGAAAUUAUUAGCAAUGGUUCAUACCCAAUUAGCCUCUUCGUUUGAAUGUGCUACAAAAUGUUUCAUUUGACGUGCAAUGCUAGAUGUACAUGGACUCAUUCUUCAUUUUUCCAUCAUUGAUAUUGCCAGUCUCAACGGAUAACAUUAAAGCUAAUCGAGAAACGAUUUUCAAAGAAAAUUCAUGAUACAAUCUGCUAUUCUUUGGGACUCUGUGUACUUAUUGCCAUAAAAUUGGAUCAGUCUAUUUGAACUUCAAAUAUGUAUGUGGAGGAACUAGAGUGCUGUGAACAUUCUCCCCUUAUUAUUGACACUGCAUGCUUCAUAUCAAUGACAAUAAUGUUUUUUUCUUUUCAAUGACAAAAAUGUUGGAUAAUUGUUUAGCAUCUUUCACAAGUUUGGAAAGUUUAUACGUCACAAUUGCCUUGAUUUUCUGUUCAGUGAGCUGGAUUACUGUAUUGUAACCUUGAAGAUGAACAAUGCAAUGAAGAUGAACAAUGCAAGCUCAUACAUCAGCUUUGUGUUGUUUUCCAUUGCUGCUGAAGAAGAAGAGCUCGGGAGAGUCUAAGGAAGCAGACCUCAUGUUAUUGGACAAAGGACACCACCAUUUGCCGUUGCAUUUCUGAUUAGAAUGCUAAGGGACAGAAGUUAUUUUCAUUGACCAGACAGGGUUUGAAGAUGAAGGCAGUUAUCAAUGAUGUUAAUUUAGCUCAUUAGAUAGCACUAGCUUUGAUGGAUGUUUCACAAAUAGUUCUCAAACAUAAGUUUUUCGUUAUCUGCUGGUCAGAAUGCAGACAGGAAGGUAAUAAUUUAGCUUGUACAUCCUUAGGGCAGUUUUAAUAAUUUCUGAUCCGAGCAUGGAAGCUGAUACGGGAGAUCUAUCAAGGCGCAGCUGAUUUUAGUCAAACUGGACUGAUGUACUUGUUGGUAAAAGAGUUGGAUGUUUGUGACAGUAUAAACAAUCAAUUUGGAGCAGUGAGAGAAAUGCAGAUGCAAGAAGUCUUGAAUUGCACAAAGGUCCAAGGAAGAGGAGGGAAAACGUUCUUUUCAGCAUAUUUUGUGAAGAAUUAACACACUUCAAAAGAUGGCAUUUCAUACUUUUGGUGUAUCAGAAUGUGACAAGUCCUGAUAGUACGUUUUCUUCAUCUUUUACAGGGACUAAAAGUAUGUCUAGAGACCAAAUUUGUAAGAGAGAACUUUUAUCCUUUUUUAGUUAGACAUUUGAUAGAGAGAACUUAUAAUUCUUGUUA